AUGAACACUAAGCAAAAGGAAGCUGUUUCAACGGAUGCCCAAGCAAAGAGACGGAGCUCUAAGAUGCCGAAAGAGGCUCGAUCCUACUGUCCUCAACAUCUAGGUCAUCAUAUGAAGCGUGGGCAAUUGUGGGAACAACAUCCACGGGGUGACCUAGCAUCGGGUGGUUCUGAUUAUAUUUCAUCAUUAACAACCGGAGACCGAGAGGAGCCGCCGCAAAGAGGUGACCUCCGAAACUUCACCGAAGCCACUACCGUCCUCAAGCAGGACAGAUCGGAGAAGAAUUACCCGUCAGCACACCCUCGAACAACCACCAAUCAACCGCCUCGCCUUGCCGCGCCGCCUAAGUGA